AUGAAGGAAAUUGGAGAAGAAAUGACAAUUAUUCGAGAACAGCGCGUCAGGAUUGACAGAAGCGAAGUUGAAGGUGAAGGGCUUUCGAUCACAUCCAACUGUCCGAUGACACUGUUCGAUUACAACUCUACAGAAUUACUAGUGAAAAAUAAGUCAGUUCAUCCACCAAUCAUAUUUAAGAAAACUGUAAUGCAUAGUCAUAAUAACCUUGAGAUUAUACUGUUGCAACUGGAUCGUAAGUUUAAAAAUUCCUUUUUUUCAGGUUUGUGCUGCCUUUUCCUGUUCCAUUUUCCCUUUUUGGUGAUAUUCUUGUCCAUACUUGCUGCAAUCACGUAUUUUCUGUAUUGGUAUAUCAUCGAUUAAUAUACCAGUAGCAGCUGUUGUGUACUACAAACACUGACUGGUGUCAGUGACUCUGAUGCAACCCCCGAAUCAUUCCCAAAGCAUGAAUUUUAUGAUCUUUUCAGUCAGCUGUAUUAUUCAAUCAAUCCCCCAUCUUCCAGAAAACAGGCUAACAGCUAUAAUGCCAAAAUGACAACUCCAAAAAUCACAUAACCCACUAGAAGCAACAUGACAAAGCAUGUACCUGAAAAACGAUGAAACUAAUCACAUAUAGAGACUUUUUAACUGAUCAACUGAUUAUGUUUUCUAUUCAGCUUGAAACCUUUAACAAUAGAUCCUACGUGCCAACCUAACAGGAAUUGUUGGAAGUGUCGGCCACAAUCUUUAAUUGCAGGGGAAAUCCAAAUACUUGAAGUUCUUUUUUUUUUUUCCAGUGUGACUUAGCAAAGGCAAAGUGGGUUCAGAGUAGCUAGUUCCAUUUUGGGUAAAUGCGGCUUGCCGAAUGUGAAAUCGUAUCUGUUCGAUUUUCUUACAACAAUAGGACGUCUAACACAAACCAACGACAACAGGAAUCUUUGCUUGUUGACUGCUUUUUAUUAGGAAAAACUAAGAGAAACGCUUUUUUAUUGGGACUUUGCCGCGUUUAAUUCGAUGUGCACAGAUCUCUCUUCCCAAAAUUUCAUUCCCUAGGUUUUAGUUUUUUUUUCUUAUCCGUAAAUUAGCUGUUCAAAUCGAAGAACUGCAGGGCGCUGAUUCAAUACCGUUCGACAGCCAAGAUAAGUAAUCAAACAAAUGAAUAAAUAAAGAAAUACGAUGGGGGAUUGAUAAGUACACGUAGAUAAAUAACUUCAAUUUGACCAAGGUAUGAUUUGACUAGACAACUCCGAUUGCUUGAUUGUAAGCUAAAGUGAGCCCUGACAAGUGAGGCUCUGAAAGCAUCUGAAUGCCUAGCUUUCCCCCGUAAGUCGUACCAGCUGUACCUGGUUUCAUGCUUGAAACAAAAGUCAGCGCAGCUGUCAUUUGAUGGUGGUCGAGAAUCUACUACAACCACCCCUGGAGGAGAUAGUAGGGGAGAUGUCCUGGCCAAAAUAGAAAAAUGUUUUUC